GGCCUGUCCACUUCUCCGAGACCCUGCUGGAGUGCUCCAAGCAGUUGGGGUGGGGGCUAACGCAAGUCGUGGUUCACGGUCUCUCCUCCCCGCUGAAGUGUCCUUCCCUCCCUGCAGGUGGCUGCCCACCCGGACCAGCACCAUGCACAGUCUGAUGUUCCUGAGCACGCGGCAGGUGCUCCAGUGCCAGCCGGCCGCCUGCGAGGCCCUGCGGCUGCUGCCGCGCGAGCUCUUCCCGCUGUUGUUCAAGGUGGCCUUCAUGGACAAGAAGACGGUCGUGCUUCGGGAGCUGGUGCACACGUGGCCCUUCCCGCUGCUCAGUUUUCAGCAGCUGCUGCGGGACUGCAACCACUGUAGCCGGGCACUGAUACAAGAGAGGCCCAGCAUGGAGAGCAUGCAGGCUGUGAUCCUGGGUCUGACUGCCCGGCUCCACGGCCCUGAGACCGAGGCUGGUGUGCAGCCCCUGUGCAGGAAGCAUGCACUGCGGGUGCUGGACAUGACGGGCCUUAUGGAUGAUGGGGUGGAGCAGGAUCCAGGCACCAUGAACAUGUGGGACUUCAUUGCUACUGUGACCCGCACCUUCGUCACCCAACAGCAAGGUGGCACAGAAGGGCCCGGGCUGUCCCCUGUGCCCGUGGAAGUGCGCGUGGACCUGCGGGUGAACCGUGCCUCCUAUUCCUUCCUACGGGAGGUGCUACGCAGCAGUGUGGAUAGCCCGCUGCGGCUCUGCUGCCGCGACCUGCGGGCUGAGGACCUGCCCAUGCGCAACACGGUGGCCCUGCUGCAGCUCCUGGACGCGGGCUGCCUGCGCCGCGUGGACCUGCGCUUCAACAACCUGGGCCUGCGUGGCCUGUCGGUCAUCAUCCCGCACGUGGCCCGCUUCCAGCAGCUGGCCAGCCUGCGGCUUCACUACGUCCACGGGGACUCCCGGCAACCCUCCGUGGAUGGUGAGGACAACUUUCGCUACUUCUUGGCCCAGAUGGGCCGCUUCACAUGUCUGCGGGAGCUCAGCAUGGGCUCCUCGCUCCUCUCGGGGAAGCUGGGCCAAUUGCUCAGUACCCUGCAGAGCCCCUUGGAGAGCUUGGAGCUGGCCUUCUGUGCCCUGCUGCCUGAGGACCUGCACUUCCUGGCGCAGAGCCCCCACGCCGUCCACCUCAAGAAGCUAGACUUGAGUGGCAAUGACUUGUCCAGUGGCCAACUGGAGCCCUUCCAAGACCUGCUGCGGGCAGCAGCUGCAACUCUGCUGCAUCUUGAGUUGACCGAGUGCCAACUGGCCGACACACAGCUGCUGGCCACCCUCCCUGCCCUGACCCGCUGUGCCAGUCUCCGUUACCUGGGCCUCUAUGGAAACCCGCUGUCCAUGGUUGGGCUCAAGGAGCUCCUGCGGGACUCCGUGUCUCAGGCCGAACUGCGCACCGUGGUGCACCCCUUCCCUGUGGACUGCUACGAGGGCCUCCCCUGGCCACCUCCUGCCUCUGUGCUCCUGGAGGCGUCCAUCAACGAGGAAAAGUUCGCCCGCGUGGAGGCUGAGCUGCACCAGCUACUGCUGGCCUCUGGCCGUGCCCACGUGCUAUGGACCACAGACAUCUAUGGGCGUCUGGCUGCCGACUACUUCAGCCUGUGACUGCCACUCUGGACAGUGUCUGCCUCCUGCACACCAAACAUCUUUCGUUUUCUUGUUCUGUUCUGCCCUGACUGUGAAAAGCCUUGGCCAUCUAGGGCCCUGCCUGAGACGCCUUCCUGAAACCUGGGCUUUGAGCCACGUUAUGACCCCAGAGGGCUCCUCUGGGCCCAGCUUCAGAGCAGGUGGCUGGGGAGUGGGUGUAGGGCCAACAGGGUCUGGCUUGUGGGGGUUGAUUCCCCCCUCUCAGGGGCUUUCCCUCCCAACUCCUUCCCUGGCACCUACACUCUUAGGCUCUCCGUUUCCUAGCAUCCACUGCACUGGUCUGGGCCUUUGGGACCAGAGUUGUAACUAGGUACCAACAUGCAGUUGUGUUUGGAA